CCGCUGUAGUCGCUGGAGGAAGGGCACUUGAGCAUGACUCACUCCCCCUGCUAACCUUUCAUUCAUUCAGCAGAGAGAAAGGGAAGGAGUGAGGGAGGGGGUUUCUGUAGCGGCUCUCCACUGGAGGGCGAGAGGUAACGGGAGUGGGCAGCAUUAUCAGGAGGCAGGGACACACAGAGAGGACAGCAGCUGGACAAAAUCCGGGCCGGGGAUCUGACAAGCGCCGGAUUUACAGCAGCACCUUAAAAUCAGCUGUUCACGAAAGGAGAUGCUAUUGUUCAAAUGAAACACUAGAUGCAGCACUGAACAUACUCACCGGCUGUCCUCGAUCAUCCAGCAGUUCCUGACACAACUCUAACAUCUGUCUGAUCUGUGAGCAGCCAUGACGAAGUCAUAUGAAUUCAACUGGCAGAAGCAUGUCCCUGAUUUCCUGCAGGAAGGUGCUGUGUUUGACAGAUUUGACGAGGAUCCUUUUGUGAUUGAAACUGGCUGCCUUUUCAAAAUUGAUGAAUUUGGAUUCUUUCUCACAUGGAAAGGUGAUGGCAAGGAAGGCCAAGUCCUCGAAUGCUCCCUCAUAAACAGUGUCCGCAAUGGAGCAGUGCCAAAAGACCCGAAGAUCGUUGCGUCUCUGGAGGCAGCAGGGAGGAGCGAGGCCGAUCUGGAAGGCUGCGUCAUCUGUGUGUGCAGUGGCCCCGACCUGGUCAACCUCAGCUUCAUGUACAUGGUGGCUGACAGCGCUGACACUGCCAAGAAAUGGAUGGACGGGCUAAAAUCAGUCAUUCACAACUUCAAGGCAAACAACGUGUGUCCAAUGACUUGCCUUAAGAAGCAUUGGAUGAGACUGAGCUUUCUCACCAACGUCAAUGGGAAAAUCCCAGUCCGGGGCAUCACAAGAACUUUUGGCUCGGGCAAAACUGAGAAAGGAAUCUUCCAGGCCUUGAAAGAGCUCGGCCUCCCCAGCGGGAAGAAUGAUGAAAUUGAACAAUCUGUGUUCACCUUUGACGUCUUCUAUGCGCUCACUCAGAAAAUUUGCCCACGUACAGAUAUCGAAGAACUCUUCAAAAAGAUCAAUGGGGACAAAAGUGAUUAUUUAACAGUAGACCAGUUAGUCAGCUUUCUGAAUGAAAACCAGCGGGACCCUCGGCUGAAUGAGAUCCUGUUCCCUUUCUACGACCCCAAACGAGUCAUGCAGAUCAUCGAGAAGUAUGAGAGAGACGAGGACCUUAAGAAGAAAGGCCGCAUGUCCAGCGAUGGUUUCUGCCGGUACCUGAUGUCAGAUGAGAAUGCUCCCGUGUUUCUGGACCGCCUGGACCUGUGUCAGGACAUGGACCAGUCGCUAGCACACUAUUUCAUCAGCUCCUCACACAACACGUACCUGACAGGCAGACAGUUUGGGGGCAAAUCGUCUGUGGAAAUGUACAGACAGGUGCUGCUUUCUGGAUGCAGGUGUGUGGAGCUAGACUGCUGGGACGGAAAAGGAGAGGAUCAAGAACCCAUUAUCACCCACGGGAAAGCCAUGUGUACUGACAUCCUCUUUAAAGAUGUAAUUCAGGCUAUUAGGGAGACGGCUUUUGUGACUUCAGAUUAUCCAGUUAUUCUUUCAUUUGAAAAUCACUGCAGUAAAAUUCAGCAGUAUAAGAUGGCAAAAUACUGUGAGGAUAUCUUCGGAGACCUGUUACUCAAACAGCCACUUGAGGGCUUCCCAGUACGUGAUCUUCUGAAUCAUCACUCACACACGAUCUAUCAAAGACCUAGAGUGUGUGCCAUGAUUGAGCCUGGACGUGCUCUACCUUCACCAAACGACCUCAAAAGAAAAAUCCUCAUUAAAAACAAACGCUUAAAGCCAGAAGUGGAACAGAAGCAACUGGAGUCGUUUAAGAGACACAUGGAGGCGGGAGAGAUGAGUGUACAGGCAGGAGAGGAUGAAAACGAAGAAGACAUAGAGAAUGCAGACAGUAAAGACAUCAACUCAGAGGCGAAAACCCGCAACAACAUCUCCUCAGAAGAGCCCAGUGAACAAGACACACAUGAAAACAGUGUAAAGAAGGACAAGAUUGCUGAUGAUGAGACUACAGAGAUUUCAGAGGCAACAGAAGCAGAUGCAACUGAUGUGUCAGAGGCUUCGGAUCUUGACAACAAGAAGAAGGGUGUGGAUACGGCAGAGGAUGCGGAUGCUGAGCAGCAGCUAAUUGCCUCGUAUAAGUAUGAAGGAGCCACAACCAACAUCCACCCUUAUCUUUCUGCCAUGGUGAACUACGCUCAGCCGGUCAAGUUCCAGAGCUUCGAGAUCGCAGAGGAGAAAAAUAUCCAUCACAACAUGUCAUCCUUUAAUGAGUCUGUAGGUCUCGGCUACCUGAAAACCAACGCUAUUGAGUUUGUAAACUACAACAAGCGGCAGAUGAGCCGGAUCUACCCCAAAGGAGGCCGCGUGGACUCCAGUAAUUACAUGCCUCAGAUCUUUUGGAACGCUGGGUGCCAGAUGGUGUCUCUGAACUUUCAGACUCCAGAUUUGGCUAUGCAGCUGAACCAGGGGAAGUUCGAGUACAACGGUGCGUGUGGGUACCUGUUGAAGCCAGAUUUCAUGCGGCGCUCUGACAGGAUGUUUGACCCGUUCUCGGAAACGCCAGUGGACGGUGUCAUCGCUGCCACCUGCAGUGUUCAGGUGUUCUCAGGUCAGUUUUUAUCCGAUAAGAAGAUUGGCACUUAUGUAGAAGUGGACAUGUACGGCCUUCCCACUGACACCAUCCGCAAAGAGUUCCGCACUCGCAUGGUGAUGAACAAUGGCCUGAACCCAGCCUACAACGAAGAGCCUUUCGUUUUCAGAAAGGUCAUUUUACCUGAACUGGCUGUGCUACGAAUUGCAGUGUAUGAUGAUAAUAAUAAGCUGAUUGGUCAGAGGAUCCUGCCGCUAGAUGGUCUGCAGGCUGGCUAUAGACACAUCUCUUUGAGAAAUGAGGGAAACAAACCGCUCUCUCUACCCACCGUCUUCUGCAAUAUCGUCCUCAAGACCUACGUACCUGAUGGCUUUGGGGCUAUUGUGGAUGCCCUCUCAGACCCAAAGAAGUUCCUUUCCAUAGCAGAGAAGAGAGCAGAUCAGAUGAGAGCUCUUGGCAUUGAAACGAGUGACAUUGCAGAUGUGCCAAACGAAAUGUCCAAGAACGAUAAGAAGGGCAAAGUGAAUCAGGUGAAGGCAAAUGUGACGCCUCAGACCAGCUCAGACAUGGGUCAGACAUACAGCAGCACUCAGAACAACAGCUCUGAAAACAAGAAAGAUUCUGCUCUCGUACACCAGGUGACCAUUGAGGACCUGAAACAGAUGAAGACAUACGUUAAACUGAUAAAGAAGCAGCAGAAAGAGCUAAACUCUUUGAAGAAAAGACACGCCAAGGACCACAAUGCCAUGCAGAAAUCCCAUUGCACCCAAGUGGACAAGAUGGUGGCUCAGCAUGACAAAGAGAAGUUUACACUGGAGAAGUUGCUAGAGAAAGCAGUCAAGAAGAAGGGAGAAAACAAUUGCUCCGAGUUAAAGAAGGAGAUUGCAGUAAAAGUAGAGACCCUCACAUCAGACCACAAAGCAAAGGUAAAGGAUAUUGUAGCCCAGCAGACGAAGGAGUGGUCUGAGAUGAUCGACUCUCACAGCACAGAGGAACAGGAGAUGAAGGACGCACAUGUGACGCAACAGUGUGAGCAUCUGAAAAAACUACUGUCCACCGUCCAGGAGCAACAAACCCUCCAGCUUAAACUUAUCCAUGAACGGCAGAGCAAAGAAAUGAAGGCUAAUCAGGCCAAGACAUCCAUGGAGAACAGUAAAGCCAUCAGUCAGGACAAGAGCAUUAAAAACAAGGCGGAGAGGGAAAGGAGAGUGCGGGAAUUGAACAGCAGUAAUACGAAAAAGUUCCUUGAAGAACGAAAACGGUUGGCAAUGAAGCACUCAAAAGAAAUGGAGCAGUUGCAGAAAUCACAGCGUGAGCAGCUGGAGAAACUGGAGAAGUUCAUCGAGCAGCUUUUGAAAUCACAUCAUGCAAACUCUCAGAGUCAAGGCCAAGGACAUGCAGCAGAUGGUGAAGCUGGAGGCGGAGAUGGACCGCAGACCAGCCACAGUAGUUUAGCCGCUCCAGCCGUCAACUGAGUAACAGAGAGACUCCUUCUCUACACCACCAUCCUCAGCUCCCUUGUUCUGUAAAUUUUCAUGAACUCUGAACACUUCUACUCCUCAUUGUCCUCGACUACUCUGAGCCUCCUGUCGACCUUUUGUGGAUCUGUAGGAACUCCAUCAGGCAUGGAACGAAAAUGAUGGCUCCACCCCAAUCAAAGUUCCACCGUUGCUCUGUUUUGCUCAGCUCCUCCCCUCUGCCUAUAUCCAACCAGCCCCUGACGCCGACCUCCGUCUUUAGUCCAUCCUCGCUGCUGAGGUGCUCCUUCUUCUGCAGGAUCUAGGCCGAUGCUGGAUGCACACACACACACACACACACACAGCAGUGUUUCUCUGCCAUUGCCAGUGCUCACAGUACGAACCAGAGCCCAUUCCUGUCAUGGUGGCUCAAGAAGGACAGAACUCCAAGUGUUCUUUUUAAGCCUUUUAACUUAUGUCUCAGUGGUACUAGAUUAUAGUAGCAGCACCAGGCAUAUAAAGGCGUAAUUGAAACGAUUUUAGUUGUGUUCUUUGUCAGCACAGAUUUCUGUAAACAAGUUGAGAAAAAUAUCCUGAGCACUUUAUCUGUGAUAGGCUGUCAAAGAAAUUUGUAGCAGUGCACUCGGUUAUACCGGUGCUAAGAAUAAACAGUUGAAUGUCCAAACACUGUACUGAGGAUGAAACGGUCUGAUGUGAAUGAAACCAAACAAAGAAAUGCAUUGCUUCAUUUUUAAGACUUAAUUCUAUUUCAUUUAAUUUGUUAUCAGGUAAAAAAAAAUUGUUUUUAGUAAUCUUUUAGCACUGUUUGGUUAGAAAUACCACUAUGAAUUUUUUUUCUGUUUGCAGAUACAUUUUGACACUGUACUGUACCUGUUACACUGUAUGUUUGUUCGCACAUUUAAAUGUAAUGAGAGUUAUGGUGUUGACAUUCCAUGAUGGACCCAAAUACCCAUGUGAUCCAAGGAAUAAGAGAGGAAAUAUUUCCCUGAGCUACAGGAAGCAACAAUUUGCACCCCUCAAAGUCAAUUUGGCAACAUUCACUGAAAUUGGCUGAGUGCAAUAAUGAUGUGGAUUGAAGGAAUAGGUGCUGGUCAGCAAAGGCUCUUAAAGGCACUUGGGCCAUUAUCUUGUAGUCCAGUCAUAUAACUUGGUCCCUCUUGUGUUUAAAAAAAAAGGCAGCUCCUGCUUUGGGCUCUGAAGCAGGCAACACAUCAGUCUUCAAUUUUUACAAAACAUAAAAUAUUUGCCUUCAGUAACAGAAUAGGCCACUGCAGUGAAGUAUGAUGCCACUAUGUUU